AUGUCCAUUGCAUAGCGACAGCUCUUCAUUCACGGAAGGGUCAGCUGCGUCGUUCGUCAUCAUGCCAGCCAUCCUCCUCACCAAGCACUUUCCAGACACCAAACUUGUCGCCCACUGCUUAACAUCCUUCUUUGGCAUUGGGCCUGCCAUUGCCCAACGGAUCAUGGCGAAACAUCACAUUUACCAGCGUGCUAAGAUAGGCGAGCUUCCCAACCAAAAGCUGCUCGACAUUACCGCCGACUUGACGACCAUGAACAUCGAGAACGACAAACGCCGAGAGAUACUCGAUAACAUCAAACGGCUGAGGGACAUAAGGAGUUAUCGCGGAAUACGGCAUGCCAUGGGCUUGCCCGUGCGAGGCCAGAAUACAAGGAGUGGACAGAUCAAGACAUCGAGAAGGCUGAACCGGAUAGAAAGGAAGCUGUGAGACGAGAUCGCCGGAAAGGAACACGUUUCUUAGCGUUCGGCUGUACACUACAAAAAGCAUGCAUUGGACUGGCGUUUAACAUACGCAACAAGAAGCAACUGUACAUUGUGAUAAAAUAUAUAUAUAUAAAGCGCCACCGCCAUUGAAUACGAGGCAGACUUCCAGACGGCCAGUCAAGCGGUUUGUGCUGCUACAUCGGAACUGUGCGGAAGCUAUUGUGCCAGCUAUGUAGCAGAAGGAGCACGAAGUAGAGGUGCUAGAAAAUAUAGGAAGCGAUCUUCCUGGUCGGAUUUUCCAUAACCUAUCUGCCGCCACGACUGGUCUUCGUCUCUCCACGGGCAGCACUUUGUCGCAGGAGCCCCAGAUCUUUGGGCUUGAGAUGUUUGUCUUACGCUCUCACAACGCCUCCUUCCUUUCGAACAGUUUGAAUCACCAAGUUAUGCUAUUACGGGGAAUAUGAUGCCGG